GUACCAACGGCCACCGGUAGAUCCUUCCGGAUCCCUGCAGGAAACAAUCUUCGAAAGAGCAGCUGAAAGAGCACACAAACUUCUGGACGAUCGCAUAUUCGUUGACUAGCUAGCUACCAUAGUGAUCAUUCCGCUACAUUCCAACUAACUUGUGAACGAUGGUAUUGAAAAAGGUCCUCCGCAGCCUCAGCCCCCAGCGACGCAGCAAGAGCCCCGUGAGAGAAAGUAGCCCUCGAAGGAACGACAGUAGAAGCAGCGAGUCUGCUGAAGAUGCUCCUCCGAAGCCGAGCCUUAUGAUUCGAUUGGGAGGACGGGAUGUCUUGCAUAAAAUCGUCGACAACUUUAUCGAGAGGAUUGUGACUAACGAGAAGCUCAUGUUUUUCUUCGAGGGCGUUGAUCAGCGUGCCCUGAACAUGCAUCAGAAACGAUUCCUAUCCAUGGCAUUCACCAAGCUUCCAAAUGGAAUCGAAGCGACUAUCAAGGCGAACCACCAAACCAUGUUUGCCAACGGACUAAAUGCGAGCCACUUUGAUGUGUUUGUAGAAGACCUGGUGAAGUCAAUGAGCCAUUUUGGAGUCGACAAUGACUUGAUCUCUGAGGCCGUGUCAGUGAUUGCGCCCUUGCGUCCAAUCUUUGAAGAGGGAGCAAAGAAUGCUGCUGCUUAGUCGAAUCAAUUUUGAAGGCAGUGAAUGGUGAAGGAUUUGGGGGUGUACCGGUACAGGCAACUGAGCCCUUGUUUGUGUGUUGGUAGGUAAAAAAUAGAAGAAGUAGUGUGUGGCUUACGGUGCCUGGUCAGGACGACGGUCUACCUAUUUAUCAGCAAAUGGAGAAGUAGUACAACUAUAGGAGCCAAACUGGUACUCGAACAAGUUUGAAGGUGCGG